AUGUUCUACAAAGACCAAUAUGCCUCCCUCUCCACCAACAGCCCCGACUGCGCCAGCGACGGCGAGCCAGAGCAGUGCCCCGAGAUACCGGACGGCGUCCAACCGCGGCCUCCCCUCCGCACGUCCAGGAAGCGGUACACGUACGCCGUGCUCGCCGUGCUCGCGCAACUCGUGUACACGGGCGUCGUCCUCGUCGCCGCGCGGGAGGUUUUCUACAAGAGCGUGUGUCCCGCCGUCGCAGCGCCGGAUCGGUACCGCGCUUGGGAUGUGCUAGAAUAUAAGGAGAUCCCCGCGGACACCAAGGGGCCGGACGAGCACCACCCGUACCUGGGCGCUCCGCGGCCGGAGCUGGAUCGGAAUUGGAAUACGCUUCUGUCGCCAUUCCGCAACCGCGUCCCAACCGCCGAGAUUCGCAGGCUGGGGAUUGAAGAAGAGUCUAUAUGGCUGGAUGACGAUGUUGGUGAAUAUUAUGGGAGUGUGUGGGUUGGGCACAACCUGCACUGCAUUAAAUAUCUGUAUAAUGGCCUGCACAAGGACCAUUAUUACCACAACAUGACCGAGGCAGAGGAGAAGUCGCAUAGCAGUCAUUUGCACCACUGCCUCCACCGCCUAAUGGACGCGCUAAAAUGCCACCCAGACAUGUCCCCGCUGUCCUUACACUGGGUGGUCAAUGAGGUCGCGCCCGUUGUCAACUGGGACGGCGCGCGGCACACAUGCGCAAACUGGGACCGCGUCACUGAGUGGGCUAGGAGCCACCAGAUUGUCCCGGCGGGGAAGGCUAGUCUCGGGCAGGUUGCUCCGCAUCCAUUAUACGCGACGUUGCUGGAUGAGAACGGCCACGCCGACUUUUUGAACCAAGAUGCAAUCAUCGAGUGGGAUAGGUUGUUUGCCAGGCCGGACUGGCAGGCGUGGGCGCGGGAGCAUGGAAUUCCGGAGGGGACUAUUCCCGGUAAGGAGAUGCUCAGGAAUAAGCAUGUUGAGUAG